CCAGCUUAGAUCAGCGCCGUGUUAGUUCUUUAUAUACUUCUAUGGCCGUGCCAAGUUUGAUGUUGAUUUGAUAUCAGGUUUCGACAUCUUCGCCACUGCAUAAAUCAGAGCGUUCCCUCGUCUUUCAACACCACUCAUCAUCACCCACUUAUCCAGUUCUUCCUCCCCUUCAAAUGCCUCACCGCGUUGACUCAAUGCCAAUGCCGUCCUCUCAUCGUCGCGACUAUGAUUACGACUAUGAUCAUUCAUACAGGAGGCCAUCUCCUCCACCAAUUGCAACUUUGUCCCAUUCCCCUUCGUUAUCCGUUUCAUCAUUAGACCGUUCAUCCGUAUCUUCCCCGGCGCCACGCCGAUCACCCACUGAUCGUUCUGUUGAUUCACAUUCAACCUACUCUGAUGCCUAUUAUUCUCAAGAUCAGAUGGCUCGGCAGUCUAGACCCUACCCGCAUGACCCAGUCCGAGACUCGGGAAGGGUCUCCCACAGCUAUUCUUAUACCCCACGUCCUCAUCCUGAGCACAGAUACUCGCAUGACUCCCACCCAUACCAUGUGUCUUCUUCCUAUUCGAGCCCAGCAUUGGCACACAGUGCUGCGAGUAGUGGACGUGACAGUUCACAGCUGCCGUAUACACUUCCGGGUCAAAGUUACCAUGCAAUUGGGUAUACGGACGAUGCAGCUACGAAAUUAAGCGACCGUGUCCGUAGAAGGUGCUUCAAUUGCUGUACGACGGACACGUCUACGUGGCGCCGUUCUAACUUGAAUCCUGGAAAAGUACUGUGCAACAAGUGUGGGUUGUUCGAGCGGACUCAUGGUCGGUCUCGACCGGAUCAGUUUCCUCACCGCAGGGGCGCAUUAGCGACGACGGCAAUGCGGCCAAGGACUCCCCCACAAACCACGCAUUUACCACCAAUCUCCACUCACGUUCCCCCUUUGGCGCCUUACCAUUUUUCACACCCUUCCAUUGCCCCUCUUCAGUCUGUACCUGACUCAAGGAGAUCACAGCACCCGAACACGUUGCCGGAGAUCCAAUCUUGGAUAGAUGCACCAGCUGGACGGACGUCCUACUCCGCGCCGUCAGCAGACCGUGGACAUGAAAGUGGACGUCAGCGGUCACCACCACGGUUGCACCACGUAGAUAUGCGUUCGUCAAGCGUUCAUGAAGCGGUGGCAUGAAGGAGGAACGUUCUCCCGUAAUAGGCCGGAGCUCCGUGGAGGAAAACGAAUAACCUAAAAGUUGAUGCUUCUAUGCCUGCUUAUUCGCUACUCGACUAGUCCGAUUUCUUGGAUUAAUGGCUAGAACGUGCCAUCAGGUCACCGCAUUCGUCGUAAUUAUUUGAGUUUGAGAUACCAUUCGCAGUAUUCGUAUUGUUUUCGUAUAUAAAAUUGCAAAACGACUAGCUAGCUAUAGUACAUGUACGCCUACGAUUUUUUUGGAGAUUUGGUUGUAUUCUUAUAUGCAUACCCUUUUGCACCCCUGGACGUGUACAUGGGACCGUCGAUCUUGCGAUCAAUUUAUCAAAUAUUUGCUUCCGCACUA